AUGCCACAUUAUUCUCGGUUCAUGAGAGACAUUUUGAGCGGCAAAAGGACUUGUAGCACUUAUGAAACCGUGCACCUAACGGAGCAUUGUAGUGCUUUGAUCUCAAGUGAUUUUCCCCCAAAGCUCAAGGAUCCCGGGAGCUUCUCGAUUCCUUGUAGCAUCCAAGAGCUUAAGUUUGAUAACGCUCUAUGUGAUUUGGGGGCAAGUGUAAGUAUUUUGCCGUUCAAAAUCUAUAAGAAACUUAGACUUGGCGAUCUCACCCCUACCCCUAUGUCCUUGCAAUUAGCCGAUUGCUCGGUUAUGUUUCCAUUGGGUAGAGUUGAUGAUGUUCCCCUAGUGAUGGGGAAGUUGACUUUUCUUGUUGACUUCAUCGUCUUGGAUAUCGAUGAGGAUGCCCAUACCCCUAUUAUUCUAGGGAGGCCAUUCUUGGCUACGGCGGGUGCUCUCAUCGAUGUUCAAGGUGGCCUUAUCACCUUGAAGGCGGGAGAUGCAAGGUUAUUUUCAAGCUUGCAAUUGAUGAACAUUGUUGCUCUAAGAUGA